ACCCUUCCCCGCCAACCCACCGAAUCUAUCUCAACCACCAUUCAGCACUCCGCUCUUGUCAUCCUUUCCCACCUCCACCACGACUACACCACGACGACCCCCGUCUGGUAUACCCACCCGAACACCUUCUUCAUCACCCCUCCGGACCCCAUCUCCUCCCAAUCUCCUCGAUCGUUCAUCCAUCUCCAUUCUUCCACCUAUUAGUAUCUUUGCUGUGCAUCAACCACGUCCUCCCCUCUGUGGCCUCCGUUUUCCCGUCUGCUUCCUCGCCUCCACGCUUCCUGUGUCAAUCUUCGCCCGCGUUGUGUGCCAUUGCAGCUUGUAUCCACCUCUAAUUCUUCAUCAUCACCUCAACUCCCUGGCCGUAGCAGCUUCCAUCACUUCAACCCCGCAGCAGCGCCAGAGCCGUCCACCCCAGCAGACAUGGCGGAAGCAUCGACUCCAUCUCCGCCGCCGCAGAGUGCAGACUCCCUCGGACGAACCAAUUCAUACUCGUCCAAAUUCACCCUUCCGGACCACUACUACGGUGGAAACAGAUUAGAUACUGCACCCCCUAGCAAAGUUAAGGACUUCGUGGCAGCAAACGAUGGACAUACCGUGAUCACAAAGGUUCUCAUUGCCAACAACGGAAUUGCCGCCGUCAAGGAGAUCCGAAGUGUACGAAAAUGGGCGUACGAGUCGUUCGGAGAUGAAAAGGCGAUACAAUUUACCGUCAUGGCGACGCCGGAGGAUCUCCAGGCCAAUGCCGAUUACAUUAGAAUGGCGGAUCAAUAUGUGGAGGUUCCCGGGGGCACUAAUAAUAAUAACUACGCCAAUGUGGAGUUAAUAGUAGACGUUGCGGAGCGAAUGGGGGUACAUGCUGUGUGGGCAGGAUGGGGCCAUGCCAGUGAGAACCCUCUACUACCCGAGUCCCUCGCCAAAUCGAAGAUUGUGUUCAUUGGACCUCCCGGGGCGGCAAUGCGGUCGCUCGGUGACAAGAUUUCGUCCACGAUCGUCGCUCAGCACGCCAAAGUCCCUUGUAUCCCCUGGAGCGGAACAGGUGUGGACCAGGUGGAUGUUGGAGAGGAUGGACUCGUCACUGUUUCCGCCGAAGUCUACGCUAAAGGAUGCACUCACAAUGCGGAGGAGGCGUUGGCAAAAGCGAAGGAGAUCGGGUUUCCCGUCAUGAUUAAGGCAUCUGAGGGAGGAGGAGGAAAGGGUAUCAGAAAGGUUGACAGCGAGGAGGGAUUUGCGGCCCUGUACAGCCAAGUCGCCGGCGAAGUGCCGGGAUCCCCCAUUUUCAUCAUGAAGCUGGCGGGUAGCGCUCGUCAUCUCGAGGUACAGCUUCUUGCCGACCAGUACGGAAACAACAUCUCGCUCUCCGGCCGUGAUUGUUCCGUGCAGCGACGACACCAGAAAAUCAUCGAGGAGGCACCGGUCACUGUUGCCAAGCCCGAAACCUUCCAGGCGAUGGAGCGUGCAGCCGUACGACUGGGAAAGCUUGUCGGAUACGUGUCUGCCGGUACCGUUGAAUACCUCUACUCGCACGUCGAUGACAAGUUCUACUUCCUGGAAUUGAAUCCCCGUCUCCAGGUCGAGCACCCGACGACCGAGAUGGUCACCGGAGUCAACCUUCCGGCCGCUCAGCUCCAGAUCGCCAUGGGUAUCCCCCUUCACAGAGUCCGUGACAUUCGGUUGUUGUACGGAGUCGACCCCAACACAACGAGCGAGAUCGACUUUGAUUUCUCCAAGGAAGGUUCCGAGACCACCCAGCGACGACCUUCGGCCAAGGGUCACUGCACUGCGUGCCGUAUCACUUCCGAGGAUCCCGGCGAGGGUUUCAAGCCUUCGAGUGGAAUGAUGCACGAGCUCAACUUCCGAUCAUCCUCGAACGUCUGGGGUUACUUCUCUGUCGGUACCGCUGGUGGUAUCCACUCUUUCUCCGAUUCGCAGUUCGGUCACAUCUUCGCAUACGGCGAGAACCGUAGUGCUUCCCGAAAGCACAUGGUUGUUGCGCUGAAGGAACUGAGCAUCCGUGGUGACUUCAGAACCACCGUCGAGUACCUCAUCAAGCUCCUGGAGACCCCGGCUUUCGAGGCCAACACCAUCACCACCGGCUGGCUCGAUGAGUUGAUCUCCAAGAAGCUUACAUCCGAGCGGCCAGAUCCCAUCCUUGCCGUGGUCUGCGGUGCAGUUGCGAAGGCCCAUGUCGCCAGCGAGGCUUGCAUCACCGAGUACAGGGCAUCGCUCGAGAAAGGACAGGUUCCGGCGAAGGAUAUUCUCAAGAAUGUUUUCCCCGUUGAUUUCAUCUACGAUGGUUUGAGGUACAAGUUCACCGCUACGAGGUCCAGCAGCGAAUCCUACAACCUGUUUGUCAACGGCUCCAAGUGCACUGUUGGUGUCCGUGCGUUGACCGACGGCGGUCUUCUGGUCCUCUUGGACGGCAAGAGUCACAACGUGUACUGGAAAGAGGAGGUCGGAGCGACCCGGUUGAGCGUGGACAGCAAGACGUGCUUGCUUGAGCAGGAGAACGACCCGACUCAGCUCAGAACUCCUUCUCCGGGAAAGCUCGUCAAGUUCCUCGUGGAGAGCGGCGAUCACGUCAAGAAAGGACAGGCGUUUGCGGAGGUGGAAGUCAUGAAGAUGUACAUGCCUCUGGUUACCCAAGAAGACGGUAUCGUGCAGUUCAUCAAGCAGCCCGGUGCCACCCUGGAGGCCGGAGAUAUCAUUGGUAUCCUCGCACUCGACGAUCCUAGCCGCGUCAAGCACGCAUCGCCGUUCAGUGGCCAGCUCCCCGUUUUCGGACCUCCCCGCGUCGUCGGAAACAAACUGCCUCAGCGAUUCGCCCUUCUUGCAGGUGUUCUCGGCAACAUCCUCGAUGGUUACGAUAAUCAGUUUGUCAUGGGCUCUACCCUCAAGGAGCUGAUCGAAGUGCUGCGCGACCCCGAGCUUCCUUACGGCGAGUUCGCUUCGCAAUACUCUGCCUUGCACUCCCGUAUGCCUCAGAAGCUUGAGCAGACUCUGUCUCAAAUUGUCGAACGUUCCAAGGGCAGAAAGAGUGAAUUCCCUGCCAAGCAACUCCGGAAAGCUUUGGACAAGUUCUUGGAAGAGCACGUUGUGGCCGGUGAUGUGGAGAUGAUCCGACAGUCGCUCGCACCGCUCACUGUGAUCAUGGACCAGUACAUGGAUGGCUUGAAGUCGCACGAGUUCCACAUCUUCCUUGGAUUCUUGGAGCGAUACUGGAGCGUUGAGAAGCUAUUCUCCGGCCACAACAAACGCGAGGAGGACGUUAUCCUGAAGCUUCGUGAUGAGAACAAGGAUGAUGUUGGAAAGGCUGUCACUGUCGUGCUCUCGCACAGCAGGGUUGGGGCCAAGAACAACUUGAUUCUUGCGAUCCUCGACGAAUACCGUCCCAACAAGCCCAACAACUCCCAGGUCGCAAAGUUCUUCCGUCCGAUGCUCAAGAAGCUCACCGAGCUGGAGGCCCGUGCCACUGCCAAGGUUGCGCUGAAGGCCCGUGAGGUUCUCAUCCAAUGCGCACUGCCUUCGUUGGAGGAGAGAGCCAGUCAGAUGGAGCACAUCCUUCGGUCGUCUGUUGUGGAGUCUCGAUAUGGCGAGACUGGUUGGGAGCACAGAACCCCCUCCCUCGAUGUCAUCCGCGAGGUCAUCGACUCCAAGUACACUGUGUUUGAUGUCCUGCCAACCUUCUUCGCGCAUGCCGAUCCCUGGGUUUCUUUGGCUGCUCUGGAAGUGUACAUCCGCCGUGCCUACAGGGCCUACCAAAUCCACGACAUCCAGUACCACGGUACCGAUGCCGAACCUCCGUACGUUCUCACAUGGGACUUCCAGAUGAGGAAGGUUGGUGUUGCCGAGUACGGGGCCGCUCAGCCUUCUACUCCGGCUACGCCCACGUCGGAGCACGGCAAUCCUUUCUCGAAGAGAGUCGGAUCUAUCAGCGACCUUUCUUUCCUGGUUGCCAAGUCCGGCGAGGAGCCUAUCCGCAAGGGUGUGAUUGUCCCCGUGCUCUUCUUGGAUGAGGUCGAGGACUUCUUGACAAAGGCGAUCGAGCAGAUCCCUCCUCGCAUCAAGAGGAGCCGAUCUCCCCAGGCUGGGCUUAUGGCCAACCUUGAAGGUCGGAGACGGCCACAGCCGUUGCUGACCGGUGCUACCAAUGACGACGACGAGACGCUGUCGGCGGUGUGCAACGUCGCCAUCCGGGAUGUUGAGUCCAAGGAUGACAAGGAGGUACUGGACAGAAUCCAACCGUUGGUCAACGAUGUGAAGGAAGACCUUAUUUCCCGCGGUAUCCGAAGGAUCACUUUCGUCUGCGGUCACAAGGAUGGAUCGUACCCUGCGUACUUCACUUUCAGGUGGCCCGAAUAUAAGGAGGAGGAGAGCAUUCGUCACAUCGAACCGGCGUUGGCUUUCCAGCUCGAGCUGGGCAGACUCCGUAACUUCAACAUUAAGCCUGUCUUCACGGAGAAUAGAAAUAUCCAUGUCUACGAGGCGAUUGGAAAGGAGUCACCCGGCGAUAAGCGUUACUUCACCAGGGCAGUUGUUCGUCCUGGCAGAUUGCGCGAUGAGAUCCCAACCGCGGAUUACCUCAUUUCGGAAACCGACAGAUUGGUUAACGAUAUCCUGGAUGCCAUGGAGAUCAUUGGCAACAACAACUCCGAUCUCAACCACAUCUUCAUCAACUUCUCUCCUGUCUUCCCCUUGAGCCCUGAGGAGAUCGAGCCCGCCCUUGGUGGUUUCAUUGAGCGCUUCGGAAGGCGUCUCUGGAGACUCCGUGUUACCGGUGCUGAGAUCCGUAUCGUCUGCACUGACCCGGAGAGCGGCCAGUCCUUCCCCAUCCGUAUGUUGAUUCAGAAUGUCUCUGGAUAUGUCAUCCAAGUUGAGAUGUACGCCGAGCGAAAGGCCGAGAAGGGUCAAUGGGUGUUCCACAGCAUCGGUUCCAAGCAUGGCUCCAUGCAUCUCCGCUCAACGACCACUCCUUACGCCGCGAAGGAAUGGCUGCAGCCCAAGAGGUACAAGGCCCAUCUCAUGGGAACCCAGUAUGUCUACGACUUCCCCGAGUUGUUCAGACAGGCUGUUUUCCAGUCCUGGGGCAAACUUGUACAGAAGUUGCCAAACCUCAAGGAAAAGGUUCCGGAUAUCUCCGACUGCCUGGACUACAACGAACUCAUCAUCGACGAGAAUGGUGAGCUGGCUGAGGUCAAGCGUGAGCCCGGUACCAACACCCACGGUAUGGUUGGAUGGAUCGUGACGGCAAAGACUCCCGAGUACACUCGUGGAAGGAGGUUCGUCAUCAUUGCCAACGACAUCACCUUCAAGAUCGGAUCUUUCGGACCUCAGGAGGAUAGCUUCUUCAACAAGUGUACCGAAUACGCUCGCAAGCUCGGUAUUCCUCGGAUUUACCUUUCCGCAAACUCCGGUGCGAGGAUCGGAAUGGCCGAGGAGUUGAUUCCCCACUUCUCUGUUGCUUGGAAUGAUGUAGAGAAGCCCGAGACUGGAUUCAAAUACCUCUACCUCACCCCCGAGGCCUACCGCCGAUUCUGUGACAGGAAGAAGAAGGAUGUGAUCUGCGAGCGCAUCGUUGAGGACGGAGAGGAGCGGUACAAGAUUACGACCGUUAUCGGUGCUGAGGAUGGUUUGGGUGUUGAGUGUUUGAGAGGCUCCGGAUUGAUUGCCGGUGCUACCAGUCGCGCAUACGAGGAUAUUUUCACCAUCACUCUCGUCACCUGUCGAUCCGUCGGUAUCGGUGCUUACCUGGUGCGCCUGGGACAACGUGCAAUCCAGAUCGAGGGCCAGCCUAUCAUUCUUACCGGCGCUCCCGCCAUCAACAAGCUCUUGGGACGUGAGGUCUACACUUCGAACCUCCAGCUUGGAGGCACGCAGAUCAUGUACAAGAACGGUGUCUCGCAUCUGACCGCUACCGAUGAUUACGAGGGAGUGCAGAAGAUUAUCGAGUGGAUGUCGUACGUGCCAGAGCGCAAGGGUGCUCCGAUCCCCGUUUCGCCAUCUGUUGAUACUUGGGACCGGGACAUCACUUUCGUGCCACCCGGCAAGAACCCAUACGACGUUAGAUGGCUCAUUGCCGGUAAGGAGGAUGAGGACGGCUUCCAGUCUGGAUUCUUCGAUCGAGAUUCCUUCCAGGAGACUCUUAGCGGAUGGGCAAAGACUGUUGUUGUCGGUCGUGCUCGUCUGCACGGUAUCCCCGUCGGUGUCAUCGCCGUCGAGACCCGGUCGGUGGAGAACGUCACGCCUGCGGAUCCUGCCAACCCUGACUCCACUGAGAUGGUUACCCAGGAAGCCGGUCAGGUUUGGUACCCCAACUCGGCCUUCAAGACUGCUCAGGCCAUCAACGACUUCAACCACGGUGAACAGCUUCCGUUGUUCAUCUUCGCCAACUGGCGUGGAUUCUCCGGUGGCCAGCGCGACAUGUACAACGAGGUCCUCAAGUACGGUUCUUACAUCGUCGAUGCCCUGGUCAAGUACGAGCAGCCCAUCUUCGUUUACAUCCCGCCUUUCGGAGAGCUCCGUGGAGGAUCCUGGGUUGUGGUCGACCCCACCAUCAACGAGAACAUGAUGGAGAUGUACGCGGACGAGGAGUCCCGUGCCGGUGUUCUGGAGCCCGAGGGUAUCGUGGGUAUCAAGUUCCGUCGCGAGAAACAGCUGGAUACGAUGGCACGUCUUGACGCCACCUACGGCGAACUUCGCCGCCGCGCCGCCAGCAAGGACUUGUCUCCUGAGGAACAGGCUGAGAUCAAGACCAAAAUGACCGACCGCGAGAACCUUCUCCUGCCUGUCUACAGCCAGGUGUCGCUUCAAUUCGCUGACCUCCACGACCGUGCUGGCCGCAUGCAAGCCAAGGGCGCCAUCCGCAUGCCUCUGCAAUGGCAGCAGGCCCGUCGCUUCUUCUACUGGCGUCUCCGCCGUCGUCUCAACGAGGAGCUCUUCCUCCGCAAGAUGGCCGCUGCAGACAAGGUCUCGGUCCGCGCCGAGAACCUCGCACGCCUCAGGAGCCUUGUUGUGUCGGACGAGAACUCGACCAUCUUCGAUGAGGACGACCGUCUCGUUGCCAUGUGGUACGAGGACAACAUGAAGGACGUCCUGAUCAAGAUUGAGGGUCUCAAGCAGGAUGGAAUUGCUGCGCAGGUGGCCGCGCUCAUCUCGGACCAUGGAAAGUCUGCGCUCAAGGGUGUGGCUAUGGCUUUGGCCGGUAUGAGCCCUGAGAUCAAGGCUAUGGCGCUUAAGGCUCUUGGUGGUGCGUCGGGGGAGAAGGAUGCGUAGACGUUUUCUGUGGGGACUUGUAGUUUGAGGGGGAGGGGGUCAAAUGGAAAUGGAUAUGGAAAAGGGGAGGGGGGCGUUUUGUUUUGCGUGGAUUUUUUCUUCUUAUUUUCCUUGCUGUUUGUUCAUUUCAUUUUCAUUUCGAGUUUCAUGUGUCAUGUGUGGUGGUUGGCUACUUGCUUUCGUUUCGUUUUUUGCUUACCGUAUUUACUCUACUCUAUUGGUGGGUGCUGAAUAAAUUCUCAUGGUUGGUUUGCGU